CCUUCAUGAGCGGAUUCUUCGUCGCUGCUGCGCAUUAAAACCAGACUCUGACCGACGUAAAUGCGCAAACUAAGCUUCCAAGCUGUAAUUUUAACAGUUUUCGGCUUACAGUGGACAGGAACAUAUCGUAUGUUUUUUUGAGGAAGUAGCCUAGCAACGUUUUAGUCCUUUUUGCGGCCGUAAAGUGUUACAUUUACGCAUUAGUCAACAGCCUUUUAACUUUGACGCAUGACGCCAAACCUAAAUAAAGCAUCGGAGUAAUUUUACAUUAUUUAUUUUUUCAUUACUUGAAUGCUUUAAGGUUUCACAACUUGCAAACAUGGACGAGAAGGUAUUUACGAAAGAAUUAGACCAAUGGAUCGAGCAGUUGAACGAGUGCAAGCAACUGUCGGAAAACCAAGUGAAAAUCUUAUGCGAGAAGACUAAAGAAAUUUUAUCCAAGGAGUCAAAUGUCCAGGAAGUGCGUUGUCCUGUCACAGUAUGUGGAGAUGUACACGGCCAAUUCCACGAUCUCAUGGAACUGUUUAAGAUUGGGGGUAAAUCGCCAGACACAAAUUACCUCUUCAUGGGAGAUUAUGUGGAUAGAGGUUACUAUUCAGUUGAGACAGUUUCACUUCUAGUGUCUUUAAAGGUUCGAUAUAGAGAGAGAAUCACCAUCCUUCGAGGAAAUCAUGAAAGUAGACAAAUCACACAGGUCUAUGGCUUCUAUGACGAGUGCCUGAGGAAAUACGGAAAUGCAAAUGUUUGGAAAUAUUUCACAGACCUCUUUGACUACCUUCCUCUUACAGCCCUUGUAGACACACAGAUAUUCUGUCUCCAUGGAGGACUGUCACCGUCAAUUGAUACGCUGGAUCACAUUCGCGCAUUGGACCGUAUCCAAGAAGUUCCCCAUGAGGGUCCCAUGUGUGAUUUGCUGUGGUCUGAUCCAGAUGACCGUGGAGGUUGGGGAAUUUCCCCAAGAGGGGCAGGGUACACAUUUGGCCAGGACAUCUCAGAAACUUUUAAUCAUGCCAACUGCUUGACUCUGGUUUCACGAGCUCACCAGUUAGUGAUGGAGGGCUAUAACUGGUGUCAUGAACGUAAUGUUGUGACGAUCUUCAGUGCGCCAAAUUAUUGCUACCGGUGUGGUAACCAGGCUGCAAUUAUGGAACUUGAUGACACACUCAAGUAUUCCUUUUUACAGUUUGACCCUGCUCCACGUAGAGGAGAGCCACACGUCACUCGUCGCACUCCAGACUAUUUCCUGUAAGAUGGGAAGGCUUUUUAAAGAUAACUGUAUUACAGCACUUUCUAACUAGUGGAAAAUAUUCAUUCAUAGAAGACAUGCUCAUCUGUUCAAAUCUUCACUUAGUCCUGUCCUUGGACCAAAACAUGUGCCAUAUCUGUACUGCAAUCUCAACCAAAACACAAAUGUAAUAUUACACUCCCAUUUGCAUCUUGUGUUUUUUCUCUGCUGUAACAAGUAAGUGGUUAUGUUUUUGAUCAGGACACAAACUAGUCGGUUUAUGUGCAUUCUUCUAAAGAGCCGUGUAUUUUGGAAUCACAUUAUUUGCAUAUACACUUUAAAUGCUUAUGACUGUACAAUUUUUGGUGAGCGUAAAAUAGCGCUGUGUUUUAUAGCUGCAUUUUCAUGCUGCAUGGCCGCGGUUUUACAGUGAGCUCUCAUCUAGCAAUUUUCCGACUGCUGUUUAAAUGAUUGCCCUCUGCAGUGUUUGUUACAGGUGGGUAUGAGACACUUAAUUUUACUCCUUUUCAAUGUACCUUAAGCACUUUUUCAAUGCAGUAUUUGUUAUUGGACUUAGUCUUCAGAAAAUCAUCAGUGUUUAUGUUUGGUUUUGCUUUUGUAUGUAACUGCACUAUUUCCUGUCAGAGCACAAUUAAGGACAGAUUGGAAAAGCAAUAAUUUCUUUUAAAAUUAAAUAAAAACUAAAGUUUAUAUGAAAUGAAAGGGUGUUUGUUAAGACCCAACUGUAAAUGUCAUGUGGUUGAUGGAUUUUAAUUGUUUUUUAACAUCAUCAAGAUGGAGCUAUUUUUGUUGACCUUGAUAUCCUGAACUCUUGUUCUUUGU